UAUUCAUGUAACCAAAAAACAAAUAAAAAAUGAAAACUGCUAUAUUUUUUAUAUCCUGAAUAUAUUCAAGGACAUUUUUUUUUCCCAGAAAAUUAGCAUCGUGUCAGUUAUAUAUCCAUGUACAUUUUUUCCAGCAAAAGCAUUACUAAUCGACAGGUCUUCUUUGUGUAAGCAAUCUCGUGUUUACCUGUAUGGCCAAUUUAGGCAUCAAAAUUGUUUAGUUUUGCUGCAUUGAACUCUUGUAUGACUUGUCCUUUGUUUUCUGCAUAGACAUUUUCAUUGAAACAGCCUGAUUUUCUUACAGGGAAGUUACAUGCUAUCCUUAUUAGGUUACCUAAUAUGUAGAAUUGCCAUUUCAUAUGAAAUUUAUGACUAUAUCUGCUACGAUUUUCUUCUAUGUUCUCAAUGGAAAUUAGAAAUAUCAAAAUUUAAUGACAUCUAGUCUCACAUUUAAUUUUUAGUCUUUUACUCUUUACGGGUUGAGGGGCACCAUGCGACCUAGUAAGGUGAGAGCCAGGCGUCAGACCAUCCACCAGGUGUAAGUCAUGGAGAAAUUUUAGCUUAAGAUGCAGUCUAAUAAGUCUAAUCUUUCUGUUUCUUUCUGUCUGUACGUGAGUUUCUAGGUCUUUCCCUUUUACUCAUGUCUUGCUAGACAUUGAUUUUUCCUUCAGAUUCAUUAGUUGAAACAACGAUCUUUGAGGAAUUGAGUGUAUACAACAACAUCAUAUUUUGGUACUCUUGGAUAAUUUUGAAAAUGAGAAUCAGGGGCAGACGGAUCGUCAAACCACCUCCUCCUCUAACUAGCUCAGUUGGUUCAUCAGAAGAUCCCCCAGCACAGCAAGAUGAGCAAGAGGUUUCAUCAUUGCCCUUCAAUGGUGCUAUUUUUCUGUCCUACCAAAGAUAUCUGCAUGAUCAGUACAUUAAAGAGAACACUGCUGGAUGUGUAUCUGAAGAUAAGGUGAUCUCAGAUUCCUGUGCUGCUCAAAGGAGGGGAAGCAUCUCAAAUGCAGCUGUACCUGCCCGACAGAAUGUAAUCGUCAUAUCUUCUGAUGAUGAUGAACCUGCACUGAGGAACGAGAAGGUAGACCCGGAUGAAGUCACCAGCAGAAGGAUUCGCAGGAGAAUGGACAGCAGGGAUGUCAAUAUGGGAAGAUCUAACUGCGCACACAAUGAGAUGACUCAGGCGGGACAUGCACGCGUACGCACCUCAGUUGUGGCAAGAGCUAGGGGCAUGCACAGCCUUAUGCGCAACCUGAACCUAAUGCCUUCUCGUCCCAGAUUUGAAGAGGAGCUCAUUAAGAACGUUAAUGGUGAGGCAAAGAAUGCGCAAAGGAAAAGGUUCAGGCUUCUGAGCGAAUUCUAUGGUGUUUAGAAAAAGCUUGAGGCAGUGAGGAACCUCAUUUGGACUAGAGCAAUGGUUUUCUGAGUUGCAUGUUUUUCCGUUUCCUAGUGUUUGUUGUUUUCGUCUUAGUUUUUUGAGGAGGUUUGGGCUGUUAAACUAAAACAAUGCUUUUCUGAGUUUCAUGUUUUUCGAUUUCGUAGAGUCAUCGUUUGUCUGAGAUUUGUUAAAAUUUGGUUUUCUGA